AGCAUCGACGGACGGUCUCGCAUUUUCCGCCGGCGCUCCAGCGCCCGACGAGCUCCGCGCACGACACCGCACGCCAGUCGCCGCACCGCACCGGCCGCCCCCGGAUCGCUUGUGACUGUUUCGAAGUCGGGUCGGUCCCGCGAUCGCAUUAAUUACGCAACGCGCGCGGUCUAGUCAGUCGAGUGCACGUGAAGAGCGCGGCUUCAUCUCGCGGCGCGGAAUCACCGAGAGGCGGCGGCGGCGGGCGGCAGAAGGCGAACUCCUGCGGAAAUAUGCAUGUACCCAAGGACUAAUGGAAGCACGUAAUGGAAUUUGGCUUCUCGGCGAGGACGUUCCUGCUGAUAAUUUCAACGCUCGCGGUAUCGAUAUGCGACGGAGAAGGAAGCGACACCAUUCCGAAGGAUGUGGUGGAAGUAAACUUGAAGCAGAUACGCGACGUGUCGACCAACAGCUUUGGCGAUCUCUGCAUCACCGAACAAUUCCGCCUGCUGUCGGUGCCCAUCGACGCUCAGCGCUACGAUGCCGCCCGACAGAAAGCAGAUCUCGCCGCCAUGCUCCUGCAGGACCUCGGACUGGUGCAUCACAACGGCCUCCAGGACGCGAUCUCGCGCAACCUAUUGGUGUCAGAUCAGCACAUCCUGUCGGCGCGCGUACUCGCCAUCAACGUGACGACCGGCGAGCUGCAGAACUGCGCCUGGUGGCGGCGGCAGGCGAUGGAGAUGGGCGGCCCGCGACGGCUGACGGAAAACACGCCGCAUAUUGGACAACGACCGGAUGCUGAAUACCCAUGGUAUGAGGAUGCGGAUAGUACACCAGCGCUCCGAUCACCAAAAUUCAUGCCCAGUCCAACGAACAUCUCCUACAGCGGCUGGUGGACAUAUCCGUACUAUUCCUGCGCCGAACGCAAGUGGUUGAUUUCGUAUAGCGUACCCAUUCCGUCACAAGGCAGACAUGGAACAAAGGGCUUUUUGAGUCUGGACAUCGACGUUUCCAACUUGGAAGUGAACCAAUGCGAAGAGUCCGAGAGUAGCAACGAGGUGGACAUCCUCCAUGGCACCCACAAAUGUCAUAAUUCAACAUCCAAGUGUCUUUAUCAACAAAAUCAGUCAGAGGGUACCUGGAAAACAGGAUGUUACAUGUGCAAAUGUCGCGAUGGUUUUUAUACAACUCAUAAUGACGGUUUAUUCAAUGGAACCCUCGUUGAGGUUGCUUACUCAGAACACUUGGAGAACUCAAGUGAAGUUUGGUCACAGGUAUUUGGGUGCCUGCAGUGUGCACCCGGAUGUAAAGUCUGUAAAGGCCCUGAACCAUGUCUGGCUACAUAUCAUUGGCCGUUUAGAAUAACUCUACUCGUAUUCAGCGUCACUUGCGCUUUCUGUACUGUCAUUCUCAUCAUCUACAUGUUUCAACAUCGCAAGUUGAAGGUCUUCAAAGUGGCCAGUCCUAUAUUUUUGUCUAUCACGUUAUUAGGAUGUGCUACCAUGUACCUGGAGAUGGCUGCAAUUUAUCCUGUAUUGGAUAUGUAUGCCUGUGUUGCAACUAAAUGGUCUAGACAUUUAGGUUUCUGCAUCACGUACACAGCCCUCCUGAUGAAGACUUGGCGGGUGUCGCUCACCUAUCGAGUGAAGUCAGCGCACAAAGUCAAGCUGACGGACAAACAACUGCUUCAGUGGAUGGUACCCAUUUUGCUGGUGAUGCUCAUCUACCUGAGCACUUGGACGUUGAGCGCCACACCCGUUGCCGAGGAAAUCGAAGAUCAGGAAGGGCUGAAAUUCAAACAGUGCUCAUACAAUUGGUGGGACCAUAGUCUUGCCAUUGGUGAAGUUCUGUUUCUUGCGUGGGGUAUUCGUGUAUGUUAUAAUGUAAGGAACGCCGAAUCUUUGUUCAAUGAAGCGCGCUUGAUCAGCUACGCAAUUUAUAACAUUGCUCUGGUCAAUUGCACGAUGGUUGCAUUCCAUUUAUUGAUAUUUCCCAAAGCUGGACCUGAUAUUAAGUAUUUGUUGGGCUUCGCCCGCACACAAAUGUCCACGACUGUCACAAUCGCUCUCGUCUUUGGACCGAAGGUAAUAAGAGUGCUCAAAGGGCAAGGCGAUCAAUGGGAUAACCGUGCGAGGAGUCGCGGCGUGACUGCAUCGUUCUCCUUGAACGGAAUUGGGUUGGUCCCUGAGGAGCCGCCAGAUUUAUAUCAAGAAAACGAAGAAUUGAAGGAGGAGAUCCAGAAGUUGGCCGGGCAGAUUGAAUUCAUGAAAAUCGUUCACAUGGAAAUGAACAACAGGCAUGUGAAGCCGAAAACUGGCGGAUACUUUAGCUCACUCGCUGCUCCCGCGAUUCAAAGUCCAAUGGCGAAAGCCGGCUGUCUACUGGCGAAAACCAGCAGUGACGAUUUAUAAAUCAAUCGUAAAUCAUCCAGAUCCCUAAUGAUUCAUUUUGCAUAAAUAUAAUUUAAGGUCUUUGCAUUGAACAAAAGUCAUGAUAGUCAAAUUGAGUAAUAUAAUGCAUGUUGUGUUAAAAAAGCUGCCCUAUUCCCGAAGAUGUCUCCGUCAAUGGUGUGGAACUGUUACCUACCAUGAUUGUUACCACUUAAAACUUGAUGUAUGCACAAUGAAGACAUCAAACAAGCCAUUCGCAAACAUUCACCUAAGAAGCGACACAAAACGCUUAAAAAAAACUUUAAAAACUGAAAGCAGUUCAAUUAAAACACGUCUUGUCUGACUGUCGACUGAUUUUUUAAACCGUUUUAAAUGUAAUUUAAUGCUUCAAGGAUUAUAAUUGUGAUCGUGAGUAUGGCGCGCGUUGAAGAAUUAAAGUGACGACUAUUAGCGACAAAUCGUAGUGAAAUUUUGAAGAUGCUAUAUUAUAAAGAAAAAAAAAACUUACAAAUCUAGAUGUGGAUAUGGAAUGAAAUGGAAAUCGAGAAUUGAAAGUUUAAAGACACGUUAAAGUUUGUAGGAUGUUAGAAUUAGUGCGUUAAGAAGUUACUGAAAGUUUACACACGUUGAAAUAAUUGUGCGCAAUUAUGUGAAGAUGUCGAUUAAUGCAAGCGCAUGCAAUUUGAUCCAAUUGAUUGCUAGGGAUAGAGGAAACGCAGAGAUCAAUUCACGGAAUACUCGUUGAUAUGUUUACAAUAAGCAAACUUUCAAACAGAAUGACAAUAUUUGCAAUUACUAGCAGUGAUGUGACAAAAAAAAACACACUAGAAAUUUAUCGUAUCAGAACAAAGCUAUUUUCAAUGAAAUUAGAACUGAAGUAGAAUUAAUGCGAAUUACGUAACUAAGCUAGAUAGGCGUAGCAUAAGGUUAAAUCAAAGACAAAAACAAACAACUUUAAGCUAAAAUGACACAAGCGAAAUAAAAGACAAGUAACCGAUGAAUUAGCACGAUUUCACUUUGGACAGGAAAUGUUAGGGCGCCGCCCGAAAGUAGAUGUUUCUUUCGCGUUAAACUGCAAUUACCCAAGUAUAUAAUUGAAUGUUCAUAUGCAAGCUGUCGUAAAUUUACCGUAAAUAUGUACCUGCGAUUAAAAUUACCUUGCAAUUUGCAAUUUUUAAUGAUUUUAUAUGCAGUUGCUUUUAUUACUGUGUUUUUAUACUGGUUUUAUUCGUGCAAGCGUCUGAUGGGUGCACAUUUCCAGAAACACUCAUGAAAUUUCACAUUUUUUUAACCAACGCGAUGAAAUUUCACGGAUAGUACAAAUAUAAAUUUAAGAGAAUUGUAUAUCAUCGUUACGAUAAAAAAAAAAACAAUUAUACUAAGUCCCAUUAGAUUAGGUAAAAGAAAGUGUUUAUGAGUAAUGCUAGAUUAAAUUAGAUAAUUAAAGCGUGGGAAUAAAAUAUAUCUAAAUGUGUGUAUUGUGUUGUAUUAUCAAAAUUAGAUUCGAAACAAAAUUGAACUUCAACCUUAUGUUAAGUAACAAGAAGAGAACAAAUGAUAUCAUUAUUAUAGAAUAAUCGUGCAAAUAGCACGAAUCAUAUCGUUUAUAUGAGCCCUUUGCGACUGAUUCGUACUAAUUGAUAUGUUUUAGGCAAAACUAGUUCUAAUAUUGUGUGUGUGGGUUGAAAUUUCGCAGCGUUGGAAAAAAUGUGAAUUUUAAUGACUGGAAACUUGAGACGCUUUCAAAUCACAGAGUUAUAUGCUCAUUUUAUUUUUUAUAUAACAAAAACGUUUUUGAUCAAUUUCUCUAGUCACGUACGCAAUUAUUAUUUAUGUUGAUUAUGUUUAUUCUUGUUAUGUUUGGUAAAAUGUUACACAUUUGUUGGCAUGCGUGAAGUGUUAUCGGCGCAUUCACGCAUGCGAAUGCAAAUCAAAUUCAAUUCAAUUAGCAUGUUGAAUAAAGGUAACUGUUACGUUUGGGUUUCGUUAAUUUUAUUCCAAAAAAGCCACGGAUCGCAAUCGCGACUUAAGUGUGAUGUGCGCGUUGUGACGUAUCCGUUUCUUUCUUGCUGGCCACUCUGCGACGUCUAUUCACAUAUUCGCAUAUAUUAUCACGAACUAAAUGGGUAUACGUAAAUGUUUGUUCUAUGCAAAACUACUACUCAACGGAAAUUCAACUUCACAUUCAAUUACUCGUACAAAUUAACAAAAAAAAAUUCCAGACGAAAUUCGAUGUUCACGCCGCACGGCCAAAGAAUGUUACUAUUUACAAUGAUAGCAUGAUAUGAUAUGCGUUAGGUUACGAUGUGAAUACUGUUUAGAGCGCAUUUCGAUGCAUUAAGUAAACGUUAGAAUUUGGUAAUGUUAACACGAGUUUAACUUAUCACGCACACCUAUGAGUACACAUUUGGGUUGGCGUUUCCAUCUGAGACAGCAAUUGUCGAAUGGAAGCAAACGGCGCGAGCGCGUGUUACGGUUUAGGACUUAACUUUAAGGAUAAUGAUAGAUAUAUGUGUGUAUAACUAAAUCAAGUCAAAUAACUACUAAGUACACAGAGAUAAUUAAGAUGAAUGAUACAAUAUUAUAAGAUUUAAUGUUGUUAACAAUGUUAUUUAUGUAAAAGAAUAUAACGAUAUAUUUUUGGUGUUAUAUGACAAAUAUAUGAUGAAUAUUUUGUGUUUUAA